GGGAGGAGGCGGUGUUGGCGGCAGCGGACGGGCGGGCUGUCUCGGGGAGCAGGCGGGAGGCGGCUCUGGCCGGGCUCGCAGGGCGGAUAGAGCAGGGCCGCGAUGGGCUCCCAGGCGCUGCAGAUCCUGCGCCAGGGCGUGUGGGCGGCGCUAAGCGGUGGUUGGUACCAGGACCCGCACCAUGGCGCCGGGGUUAACGCGCUGCACCUGUAUCUGUGGCUCUUCCUGCUGGGCUUCCCCUUCACUCUCUACAUGGCCCUUCCUUCUUCAAUGGUGAUAGUAGCAGUCUACUGUCCAGUGAUAGCAGCUCUCUUCAUUGUUCUGAAAAUGGUGAACUACCGUUUGCACAGGGCAUUGGAUGAGGGAGAAAUUGUGGAGAGGAAUGCCAAUCAACAUAUGGACAGGGGUGCAAAAACUGAACAAGGCAAUACUUCAACCAGGAGAACAGACAGCAAUGGGCCCAGUGACCCUGGUGGAGGGAUUGAGAUGUCCGAGUUCAUACGAGAAGCCACUCCCCCAGUUGGCUGCAGUUCACGCAAUUCUUAUGCUGCUCUAGACCCAAAUAACCAGAUUGGAUCAGGAUUAUCUCGUCUUGGAACAACAGCAACCAUCAAAGCCUGCCAUUGUUAUAGGGGAGAUACUGACACUGCGAAGACUUCUGAUGAUAUCAGUUUAAGUCUUGGCCGGAGUUGUAGUCUUUGUAAAGAAGGGAGUGAAGAACAAGAUUUGGCAGCUGAUCAGAAGAUUCUUCAUCUGGUCUCCAAUGACUCCUUUGUCUCAAUCCAGCCUUCGUUAUCCUCUGGACAGGAUUUGCCAAGGGACAACAGUGAUAAAGUGUGCCUCCCUAACAACCACCAUGUGGAUCAGUCUCUAUCUAGUGCAUGUGAUACUGAAGUGGCUUCUCUUGUACCUUUGCAUUCCCACUCCUAUAGAAAAGAUCACAGACCACGAGGUGUGCCAAGGACCUCUAGCUCUGCUGUUGCUUUUCCAGAUGCUUCUCUAAAUGACUUCCCUCUCUAUCAACAAAGACGAGGACUAGAUCCAGUCAGUGAGUUAGAAGCUUCCAAACCCCAUUGUGGAUCUAAAGACUCCUUAGCUGAGAACUCUUGUAUUUCAGGAGUCUUUCAGUUAGAUGACAUCCUGAAAAGUAGUAGCCCCCAACAGCUGGCCAAAAGUGGGAAGAGCAAAUCUUUGAAAGCAGACAAAAGCGUGGAUAGUCUGAGAAGCCUGAGUGGUAGGAGUAGUGGUUCAACAGAAAGCUAUUGCAGUGGAAUUGAUCGUGACACUAACAGUACCAUCAGUAGCUACAAAAGUGAGCAGACCAGUUCAACUCGUGUAGAAAAUGUGUUGUCAGAGCAUGAGGAGUCUCCUAGAGAAGAGAGAGAGAACAGCAAGAAAAAGGACUGCUGUACUGACUCGGAGGAUGACAGUAGCUCUGCUGCGGAUAAAAGGUCUAGUAGUGAAAGGACUGCUGUAGAAAUGAGCACUAAUAGUGGUGUUCAAGAAGCAAAGGAUUCUAACACAUCCGAUGAGAUACACAGUCAAAGGGGUCUUAGUACCUCUGUUUCAGAAGAAGCCAAUAAGAACCCACAUGCCAAUGAACUAACUACACAAAUAGACAGGUCACCUGGGAAGGCUGCUGAAACAAGAGAUGAUCAGAGUGAGAAAUUGGCUGCCUUAGUUGAUUCAAGAACUUGUAAAGAAACAGGUGGUAAACAAAAGGAAGGAGAUGUAAGACCUAAAUCCUCUAACUUAAUCCACCGGACAGCUUCUGUUCAUAAACCGAGCAGGAGACGGACAGGAAAAAAACGGGCUAGUAGUUUUGACUCAAGCCGGCAUAGGGAAUAUGUUUCCUUUCGAGGUGUGUCUGGAACCAAACCCCAAAGCGCUGUGUUUUGUCAUGACGAGGACUCCAGUGAUCAGAGUGACUUGAGCAGGACUUCAAGCAUGCAGUCAACCCACCAGUUCAGCAGUGAUAGCUCUUCCAGCACCACUUCCCAUUCAUGCCAGUCUCCUGAGGGCAAGUACAAUGCUCUAAAGACCAAAUACGUUAAAGAAAGAGGAGUCCCAGACUUGAACACCUACAAAGCCCAUUUAGGCUCUGAAGGAAUUAGCAAAAAACGUUCAACACGUCGAACUUCUAGCACUAACAGUGUGAAGAGUCGUGCCAGAGUAUUAAGUCUGGACAGUGGUACUGUAGCCUGUUUAAAUAACCCAAAUAGCUUAGUGGCACCAAGUAACAUAAAACAAUUAACCACUUCAAAAUCAGAUUUGGAGGCCAAAGAGGGAGAGGUGCUAGAUGAGCUAUCUCUAUUGGGAAGGGCUUCGCAUUUAGAGUCAGUCACUCGUUCUAGGAAUAGCUUACCAAGCCAAGCUAUGUUUCCCGAAGGGGAAGAGCAAGAAUCAGCAGGUGGAGCAGCACAAGCCAGCGAGGAGACUGUCAUGUUUCACCAUGAACGCAGCACAUUUAGGCGUCAGGCAGUACGGCGCCGGCACAAUGCAGGGAGUAACCCCACCCCUCCCACAUUGCUCAUCGGAUCGCCCCUCAGCCUUCAAGAUGGUCAGCAAGACCAGCAAUCCACAACACAGGUCAAAGUCCAGUCCUGCCCCCCUUCCCAGGCAGCUGUGCUCAGCGCUAGCACCUCCUUGCUGGUGAGAAAUGGGAGUGUCCACUUAGAAGCAUCACAUGACAAUGCAUCUGCUGUAGGCGGUAGCAGUUUGCACGAUGAACUUGACUGCUGUGGCAAGAGGAUAGAGAGGGAUAGAUUCUUACUAGGUAAGUUUAGUUCUACACUCUACGAGAUGGGAGGCUGUGACAUGUCACUUGUGAACUUUGAGCCAGCUGCAAGAAGAUCGUCCAACAUCUGUGACACGGAUUCUCAUGUAUCAAGUUCUACCUCAGUUCGCUUUUAUCCACAUGAUCUACUUUCUCUUCCUCAGAUCAGGUUGAACAGGCUGUUAACUAUAGAUACAGAUCUGCUGGAGCACCAAGACAUUGACCUAAGCCCUGACCUUCAGGACCGUAUGCAAUCACAAGAGGAAGCAGCUCAGAAAGUUAAACAAUACUAUCGCUUUUGGAUCCUACCCAAGCUGUGGAUUGGUAUUAAUUUUGAUAGGCUAACUCUCUUGGCUUUAUUUGAUAGGAAUCGUGAGAUCCUUGAAAAUGUGUUAGCUGUUAUCCUAGCUAUUUUAGUUGCUUUUCUGGGUUCUGUUCUCCUUAUAGAUGGCUUUUUCAAGGAUAUCUGGAUCUUCCAGUUUUGCCUGGUAAUAGCCAGUUGUCAGUACUCACUACUCAAGAGUGUUCAACCAGAUUCUUCUUCCCCUCGACAUGGUCAUAAUCGUAUCAUAGCCUAUAGUCGGCCUGUUUAUUUCUGUUUGUGUUGCGCUCUUAUAUGGUUGUUGGAUUAUGGCAGCAGAAAUACAUCUACAACAAGGUUCAGGUUGUAUGGAAUGGUUUUCACCAACCCGUUGCUGCUGCUGUCCGCCAGGGACUUAGUUAUAGUAUUUACGCUGUGUUUCCCUAUAGUAUUCUUCAUUGGUCUUCUGCCUCAGGUGAAUACAUUUGUGAUGUACCUCUGUGAACAGCUGGAUAUUCAUGUCUUUGGUGGCAAUGCCACUACAAGCCUGCUUGCAGCUCUUUACAGUUUCAUCUGUAGUAUUGUGGCAGUAGCAUUAUUGUAUGGAUUGUGUUAUGGCGCCCUGAAGGAUUCUUGGGAUGGCCAGCAUAUUCCAGUCCUCUUCUCAAUAUUCUGUGGCUUGUUAGUAGCGAUGUCCUAUCAUCUCAGCAGACAAAGUAGUGACCCUUCUGUACUUUUCUCUUUAGUACAAUCAAAAUUUUUUCCUAAUUCUGAAGACAAAAACCCAGAGGAUCCUCUGUCUGAAGUCAAAGAUCCUUUACCUGAAAAACUUAGAAAUUCAGUGAAUGAACGGUUACAAUCUGACCUGAUAGUGUGCCUCGUCAUUGGUGUACUCUAUUUUGCAAUUCAUGUCAGUACAGUAUUCACAGUUUUGCAGCCUGUCCUUAGCUACAUUUUGUAUGCGUUGGUGGGCUCAGUAGGAUUUUUAACCCAUUAUGUGCUGCCUCAACUCCGAAAGCAGCUUCCUUGGCACUGUUUCUCUCACUCAUUGCUGAAAACCAAGGAGUAUUAUCAAUUUGAAGUCCGAAAUGCUGCCCAUGUAAUGUGGUUUGAGAAACUUCAUGUGUGGCUCCUCUUUGUGGAGAAGAACAUUAUCUACCCACUGAUAGUCCUCAAUGAGCUCAGCAGCAGUGCCAAGAACAUUGCUAGUCCAAAGAAACUGGACACAGAGAUUGGCACUUUAAUGAUCACCAUAGCUGGUUUGAAGUUGUUGCGUUCCUCUUUCAGCAACCCAACCUGCCAGUAUGUCACUGUUAUUUUCACAGUGCUCUUCUUUACAUUUGAUUACAAAAGUUUUUCUGAGACUAUGCUGCUUGACCUCUUCUUCAUGUCCAUACUCUUCAGCAAGCUUUGGGAACUCUUUUAUAAAUUGAGAUUUGUGUAUACUUAUAUUGCUCCUUGGCAGAUCACCUGGGGAUCUGCUUUCCAUGCUUUUGCCCAGCCCUUUGCUGUGCCACAUUCUGCAAUGUUGUUUGUCCAAGCGGCUGUGUCAGCUUUCUUCUCCACCCCACUGAACCCCUUUCUGGGAAGUGCAAUAUUCAUCACUUCAUAUGUCAGACCUGUCAAAUUCUGGGAAAGAGAUUACAACACAAAGCGUGUGGACCAUUCAAACACAAGACUCGCUUCCCAGCUUGAUAGAAAUCCAGGUUCAGAUGAUAACAACCUGAAUUCAAUCUUCUAUGAGCAUUUAACCCGUUCCCUUCAGCACAGCCUGUGUGGAGACCUGUUGCUGGGGCGGUGGGGGAACUACAGUACUGGGGACUGCUUCAUCCUAGCUUCUGACUACCUCAAUGCACUAGUACACCUUAUAGAGAUAGGAAAUGGUCUGGUCACCUUCCAGCUGAGGGGGCUUGAAUUCAGAGGCACUUACUGUCAACAACGAGAAGUAGAGGCCAUCACCGAGGGGGUAGAGGAAGAUGAAGGGUUUUGUUGCUGUGAACCUGGCCAUAUCCCACAUAUGCUUUCAUUCAAUACUACCUUUGGCCAACGCUGGCUGGCAUGGGAAGUGCUUGUGACAAAGUAUGUUCUGGAAGGCUACAGCAUCACAGACAACAGUGCCGCUUCCAUGCUUCAAGUCUUUGAUCUUCGGAAAAUUCUCACCACUUAUUAUGUCAAGGGCAUUAUCUAUUAUGUCACAACCUCCUCCAAGCUGGAGGAAUGGUUAGCUAAUGAAACAAUGCAGGAAGGAUUACAGCCAUGUGCAGACUGCAACUAUGUUGAUGUGGAUCCUACAUUUAAUCCAAAUAUUGAUGAGGAUUAUGACCACCAUCUAGCAGGGGUCUCCAGAGAGAGUUUCUGUAUGACUUACCUCAACUGGAUAGAGUACUGCUGCUCCCGAAGAGAAAAGCCGCUGGAUGCAGAUAAAGACUCCUCCUUGGUGACUCUUUGUUACGGACUGUGUGUUCUGGGUCGGAGAGCUUUGGGGACUGCUUCCCAUCAUAUGUCUAGUAAUUUGGAAUCUUUCCUGUAUGGGCUGCAUGCCCUGUUUAAGGGCGACUUCCGUAUCUCUUCAAUCCGAGAUGAAUGGAUCUUUGCUGACAUGGAAUUGCUGAGGAAAGUGGUGGUUCCUGGAAUACGCAUGUCACUCAAACUACAUCAGGAUCACUUCACUUCCCCAGAUGAAUAUGAUGACCCUGCUGUCCUCUAUGAAGCCAUUGUGUCCCAUGAGCAAAACCUGGUUAUAGCACAUGAAGGGGACCCAGCCUGGAGGAGCGCUGUCCUUUCCAACUCUCCCUCCCUGCUUGCCCUCCGCCAUGUGAUGGAUGAUGGCACCAAUGAAUAUAAAAUCAUCAUGUUGAACAAGCGUUAUCUCAGUUUCAGAGUAAUCAAGGUAAAUAAGGAGUGUGUGCGUGGCCUCUGGGCAGGGCAGCAGCAGGAACUUGUCUUCCUGCGUAACCGUAACCCAGAAAGAGGGAGCAUCCAAAAUGCAAAGCAGGCUUUGAGGAAUAUGAUCAAUUCUUCCUGUGACCAGCCCAUUGGAUACCCAAUCUAUGUCUCACCUUUGACUACUUCCUAUUCAGAUAGCCAUGAUCAGCUCAAGGAGUUUCUUGGGGGCGCUAUCAGUUUGGGAAAUAUCAGAAACUUCAUAGUAUCCACGUGGCACAGAUUAAGGAAAGGUUGUGGUGCUGGCUGCAACAGUGGUGGAAACAUUGAAGAUUCAGAUGCUGGAGGUGGGGCUUCCUGCACAAGUAACAAUGCAGCUGCCAAUGAGUCGCAAAGCAGCAUGUCACAAGCAGGAGGGAAUUUAAUUACAGGGCAGGGCCCUGGCGUGGGACUCCACCCUCCUGUCACAUCUCACCCCUCAACACUAGGCACCAGUCACAGCUCCCAUUCUGUGCAGUCAAGCCUUGUCAGACAUUCCCCUGCUCGUGCCUCAGUAGCCAGCCAUUCAUCUUAUUGCUACAGCAGUCGUCAUUCAUCACUUCGCACGUCCACUACAGGCUUUGUGCCUUGCCGACGCUCUUCCACCAGUCAGAUAUCCCUUCGUAACCUCCCAUCCUCCAUCCAGUCUCGCCUAUCCAUGGUGAACCAAAUGGAACCCACUAGCCAGACUGGCGUUGUCAUCAUGCAGCAUGGCCUACCCUCUUCCAGCAGCUCCAGCCAAAGCAUCCCAGCCUGUAAACAACAUGCUCUUGUGGGCUUUCUAGGAACAGAAGGAGGGAAUAACGUAACCGAUGCACAGUCAGGUGGUAAUGCAAGCCCUGCAAACCAUAUGCAAGCCAAAAGGGAUGAAGUUAUUUACAGAAUCCAGAUAAUGGAUCCCAGCCAAGUACUGGAAGGGAUCAACAUGUCUAAAAGGAAGGAGUUGCAGUGGCCAGAUGAGGUGAUACGGCUAAAAGCUGGAAGAAAUAGCUGGAAAGACUGGAGUCCUCAGGAAGGCAUGGAAGGCCAUGUGAUUCACCGCUGGGUGCCUUGCAGCAGAGAUCCAGGGAGUAGGUCCCACAUAGAUAAAACUAUCCUGCUGGUCCAGAUUGAAGACAAAUAUGUUGCUGUGGUUGAAACUGGAGUCCUAGAACUUGGCGCUGAAGUGUGAGCCACACUGAUAAUUAAACUUCCCAUCCUCCAAAGAUUCAGAAGAGAGGAUGCUCCCAGGGCAUAAAACUUUAAUCCAGUUAUAGGACAGGACUUGAAAACAGGGGGCUUGUAGAAGGCCCUUCCCCAAAAUAAAGAAGUGUAAGAGCUGGAUUUUUUAAGUUGUUAGCUGCUGAGGAAACAUUUGCAUGAAGGGUAAAGAUUUGUUGAGACAUCAUUUUUGUUUUGAAACUUUGUUUUAUGCAUUGUGUAUUGCUUUAAAUCAACAAACUUCAGUUCUAAAAUAGGAGCCCCUCACAUUUUUCUAAUUGCUUUGCCAAAAAUUGCCAUGUUUUGUCACAGAGCAUGUGGCGUCCAUUCACCUUAUUUAAAGAAACUGACUAGCAUACAAACCUUUGGUUCAGCGUAAAGCCAUAUAGAAGUUUUAUGUAUGGCGAGAGACUGAAAAGACGUAUAGAUUAUCUUCUUCCUUGUGAGCUAAAAUCUUUAAUGAGAGAACUGCACUAAUUUUUUUACAGCAAUGCACUAAAAUAUCUGAGAUUGCUCAGAACAUUUAUUUAUAUAUAAAUAAAAUAUCAUUAUUUAAAUUGCCUUUGGGAUUAAUCCCCUCCCUCUCCAUAUACAUGUUGACAGUAAGAGCUGUGCCAUGGAUUCUGUUUGGUUCAGUAGUCUGUAUUUCAUAUCCGUGCAUUGCAUCCUUUUCACAAUAAAUGGCAAAAUACCAAAUAUCUAGUAAUGUACCUGAAUAUCCCCAUAACUAUAUCAAAGGCUAUUUUGGUGAUGGUGCAUCAAUCAUCUGAACAACAUAUUCAGCUUUAAAGUGGGUCUCAAUGCACUAAUUUGCAUCCUUUGUCUUUCUUAGAUAGUCCUGACUUCUCUGCUCCUUUACACCUGGAGCUAACUCAGUUAUACUGAUGGCUCUUCUCUGGAAGAGGCGCUUGAUUUUUGAGGGAGGUAGGGGUGAAUCUUAGUCUAUGGUCCAUGUCUAUUUUCUGCGACCUUGAAGGUUUUCAGAUUCAAUACAGUUAAACAACUGGGGUUUGGUUGGUUGUCUCUUUUUGUUUGGCUUUUUUUUAAAGGACUUAUGGAUGAGGCACAGCCCUAAACUGUUGUAUCGUUUUUACCAUCUCACCUUUCCUUUCCCUCUAGUCUUCAUUCUUUUCUAUGACUUGAAUUUUAUUUUCAAUGAUUAUAUAUUCUAUGUAACUGUAAUUUGAGUAUUUAUAACUGUGAAGUUCAAUUAUUCAUUUGUUACAUAUCCUAGGUUUUAUUGUGUUUUUUAAAAUGUGUGUAUUCAGGGAAACAAGUAACUCAAAUUUACCAUGGAGGUGUGAGGAGAAAACUGCAGUUUAGAUUUAAAUUGCAGCUCCUUUGACUUGAUUCUCUUAAUCCAUGAGAAAAAUGUACAUGUUGUGAUUGUUUCCUGUCUCUGAUCUGGAAUUAUGCUCAGUUCUGCAGAGAACUUCACACAGUCCUAGCUUUUGAGAGCAGCCAUCUUCUCUCCCCCAUCAUUACCUCUUCUUCCUAGGUAGUAUAACUGGGGGAGAGUUUUAGCAGAUUGCAGGGGAUGUGUUGCAAUUAUUUCUCUGUAAGCACUGAAAUCUAGUCCAUUAUAUACUUAUGUAAGAGUAAAUAUACAAGGGGUAAGGAAAAUGUAGGAAGCAAAUGCCUACUGCAAAGCAUUGUUGAUAUUCUGACUCAAGUUACUGUAUGCUUUUAGCUAUGAAAAAGUAGUCUCUUCUAUGCCUAGUGUCUGGUCAGUUAUGAAUCCUAUUCCUAGUGCACUGUUGUAGGGCUUUGCUUAUGUUGUAUACUAUGCAAAGCUUGUACACUUUAUGUACUGUGCAUUUUACAAUUGCAUAUUACUGUACCGUUUAUACAUAUGCAGUAUUUAAUCUUUGCAUAAAUGCACAGUUCAGAAUCUACCACCUUGGAAAUCAUUUGUCUGUUCCAAACACCUUACCAAAUGUGCACGAGAGUGUGGUUAAAUUUAUCUCCUAGUUAUCUGAUAACAUAGUGAAGUAGCCGACUUCAUUGGCAGUUUUGUAGCUUUGCUGUCAUGAGUGAAGAAAAUUUCUGUUAGAGUUGAAGCCAUUUUUAAUUAAGGUUUGUACUUUUAUGCCCUUUCUCUGCUGACAAUUACAAGAUGCAUUUCCUUUAUCAGUUGGAAUAUAGUUUCACAAAGACUAACAAAUGAGAAUCCUCUCUGGGGAUAGACCCUAAUAUUGGUAUUAAUACAAGGAUUCUUUACUGUUCUGAUGCCUUGAGAGAAUCAGAUGCUUAAAAAUACAUAUACCCCAUUUU